GUCGACUCGAGAGCCUGACGUCACGGGUGCUUCCGAUGGCCCCUCCCACACAGCGUUGUGUUAGCGGCCAGCGCUGUGGACAGUGAUGGAGAGUGGGAUUACCUCGGGGGGAGGACAGUGACCGCGAGCUGCCGCACCGUUAUCUUAACGUGAAGCCGGAGAGAACACGGAACCGGCCCUGCGGUUUUUAGACGGUAAUUGGAAAUGCCGCUGGUCAAGAGAAACAUAGAACCCAGGCACCUCUGCCGGGGAACUGUGCCGGAUGGGAUCACCAGUGAACUGGAAUGUGUCACCAAUAAUACACUGGCCGCCAUCAUCCGACAACUGAGCAGUCUAAGCAAACAUGCAGAAGACAUAUUUGGCGAGUUGUUUAAUGAGGCGAAUACUUUCUACAUCAGAGCAAAUUCUCUUCAAGACCGAAUCGAUCGGCUCGCUGUCAAAGUCACCCAGCUGGAUUCGACGGUGGAAGAGGUUUCCCUCCAAGAUAUUAACAUGCGCAAAGCCUUCAAGAGUUCAACCAUCCAAGACCAACAAGUGGUCUCCAAGAACAGCAUUCCUCACCCGAUCACUGACAUCUAUAACACUUGUGACAAACCACCGCCUCUUAAUAUACUGUCACCAUACAGGGAUGACAGGAAGGAUGGCCUGAAGAUUUACACGGAUCCUUCUUAUUUCUUUGACCUUUGGAAAGAGAAGAUGCUACAAGACACAGAAGACAAAAGGAAAGAGAAAAGGCGGCAGAAGGAACAGAAGCGUGUGGACGGCACAACGCGUGAAGUGAAAAAAGUCAGGAAAGCCAGGAACAGACGUCAGGAGUGGAACAUAAUGGCCUAUGACAAAGAGCUGAGGCCUGACAGCAGGCUGUCCCCAAACGUAUACCAAGCAGCGUCUUCUGAGGGAUCCAUGUCCCCGGACACUAGGUCUCAUGUAUCUGAUUUGACAGAAUACUCCUAUCCUGCAACUCCAAACCACUCCGGCCACCAACAUCCAAUGACCCCAACAUAUGUUGGAUCAGGAGAGUCGCUGCAUCAUAUAGGGGCCAAUCAGGUCCACGAACAUGAUUUCAGAUCCUCCACAGGCACCCUAAGACAUGGGACAUUGAGUAGACCACAACAGCCACCGCCACCACCACCACCGUCAUCAAUGAUGGAUGGGCCACCUCCCCUACCUUCCACAGAGUGCAGGCGAGUUCUGCCAUCACAGAUGAUGGAAUAUUAUCCCACUGGAUCACCGCCUCCACCUCCACCAGUCAUUCCUUCUGCUCAAACUGCUUUUGUUAGUCCUCUUCAGCACCCAGUCCCUGGAUCCCCCGGAGGGCAGUUAUCUGGGUCUCCAUAUGCACCUUCUCCUCCUCCUGGUGGAGUCAGCAUUUCUGCUGCUACUGGACCUCCGCCUCCACCACCAGGACCUCCCUUAUCUGUUCUGUCUCUUUCUUCAUCACCGAUGCAUUUCGCCAAAGUGUUAGAAGCAAAACGUCUUGACGGUGCACAUCUCCUAGGCCUGACAAGUGAUGCUCGUAGCGAUCUCCUCUCCGCUAUUAGGAUGGGAAUCCAAUUGAAAAAGGUACAAGAACAGCGUGAACAGGAAGCCAAACGGGAACCAGUUGGAAAUGAUGUGGCCACGAUCCUGUCCAGACGCAUUGCUGUGGAGUACAGCGACUCAGAGGAUGAUUCAGAGUUUGAUGAAAAUGACUGGUCUGACUGAUCUCGGCAAACAGGUGUCACUCACCUGCUCCAAGGGCUUGGGUAGCUACCAGGAUUGGCCACCCACUUGCUGGACGGGUAUCCAGUUAUUAAUACGCUAUUUCUCCAGAUGGUGGCGCUGCAUGGAGUCCAUGUCAAGCAUGAAUAUUAAGAGUCUAGUCUGUAUGUGACUUGGGUAACAAGGACACGGUAUGCCUUAGCUAACUGUGCAGAAAGAUAUGUAAAGGUAUCAGGCUUUACAGAAUUUUGUAGCCAAUUGUUCGUUUUUUUUUUAUUUGUAAGUGUAAUCUCCCAUAGUGGAAACUCAGGGACACAUUACGAUAGUACAUAGGAGUGAGUGCAGUUCUUACAGGCGUCUAUUCUGUAUAUUAAUCUCUAGUUGUAUUUUACAGGUAAGUUUUAGAUUAACUUACAGCUUUGGUGGAUCCAUUGUGUAAAAAAAAAAAAAAAUAAACAUUCAAUGACUAACAAUUCACCACAGACAACACUAAUGCACAAAGUCUCACAAAGUGGGAAACGCAAAAGGCACAAAGAUGACCAUAGACAUGAAGAUGGGCCUCACACCGUGGUUAUCUAUUCCAUCAGGCAAAUUGAUUGGGCUGGGUUCACACCUGCAUUGGGUUCCUCCAUCGCAGGUUCCAUCAAGACUACUGGACAGUAUAGCACAGGAGGUAAAAUGCCAGGCACCAUGAUGGAAACCUGACAGACCCGGCAGAUAAUUCUGUAUUUUAUUUUUUUUAAUAUUCACCAACACUGGUGAGAACCCAGUCUUAGGCUACGGCUCAAUGGUGGUGACACAGAGUCACCCACCAAGUCUUCUUGCCCUUGGGUAGAUUUUGUCUAUGAUCUUGUCUACAAUUAGAUUUAAUAGUAGCAAAACUGCUAAAAUUCUAUUCAAGUCCUUUUAGGGUGUCUUAACCCUUUCACUGUCAAGGACGUAUAUCAAAUAUUGACAUUUUAAAUCUCAAAACCUUAGUUCUAAAAUGGGUUGUCUGAGACUAUAUGGUUGAUGUAUCCAUUGUAUCCAAAUUUGUAUCCAGCUCUCCCAAAAUAAUCUAUAGAGUUAAAAC